GUGUGUGUGUGUGUGUGUGUGUAUGUGUGUGAAUGCUAUGGACUCAAAUGCAACGUCCUGUCUUUUCCACAGCGCCGAUACUAGAGUCAUGAUCUACCGUUUGUUCGAGGACGCGUCCUCUGUUUUGAACCUUUAAACUGAAACGUGAAAACCUCGUAUGGUUUUAUCACCGUUACCGAUCCAACCACCCUGAAAUUACAGCAGCCCCGGCACGGUUGUUAAUAAACCCGGUAGGACCUUGCGCAGUGCUAACAGAGAAGGAGCAAACGGUUGCAGCCUCUUCGGGGGGAAUGUCGGUUGUCCGUCACUCUUGACACCACAUCGGCCUUCCUCUCAGAUACCAACGAAAAUGGGGUUAUUCUGUGGUCAGUGAAGAGUCAAGGAGGAGCAGCAGCAAUAUGCCCCAGUGUGUCAGCUGAAACAUGGACUGAGCUGUGUAGGCAAGCAGCAGUGUGACUUCCUGAAACAGACAGACGCACACCUCACUUGCCAGCCGUUCAAAUGCACCCCGACAAUAAGCUGACCAAUCAUGGCAAGCAAGUGAGCAGCGACAGCCAAUCCCAGCUCUCCAAUGUGACCCAGCAGCAGGAGGGGGCCAAUAAGGGCCUGGGGGCGGGCAACCCUGGCCUGAAGGCUGUCAGCCAAUCGGUGAGUGGCGUUGGGGGGAUGAUGAAGACGAAGAGAGAGAGAAGUGUGUCCAUGGACUCUGGGGAACAGAGAGACACUAUCACCCCUGUGCAGGAGCCUGAUGCCAAAGAAGGUGUGAUGCGAAGUAAACGGCGGUGUGUGUUGGAGAAGAAACAGCCCUACAGUGGAGAUGAGUGGUGCUCUGGCCCCGACACUGAAGAGGAGGAGGACAAGCCACACCCUGCGACACACCGGCCUCUCCAGGGUCUCUCCGGCCCGUCCUCCAAAGCUGGGCCAGGGCCCCUCCCCCCUGACCCUGCUCUGACCCCUGGGAUGGGGCGUGGUCUGGGGCCAGGAGGUCAAAGGUCAGAGAUGCCUCGCCCCGCUCAGCAGGUGGUCUAUGUCUUCACUACCAGCCUGGCCAACAGUGCUGCUGAAUCAGUGAUGCACGGCCACUCAGACUCUAUUCUCCUGUUCCACCAGCAGAACGUCCCACGGACCAAACAACUGGAGCAGUGUGCCCCAUCAGGGAAACAUCCCAGUCUGUCAGGGCAGCUGAGCUCUAGCAGCACCACUGCCAUGGGCACCCCCAAGUCCCAGAGUGGCACCCCCAAGUCCCAGAGUGGCACCCCCAGACCGGCCUCUGCGGUAGGGAGCCACCUCCAGGCUGCGGGAAGCAGGACCCCGUCUUCCACGGGACACCCCGACUCCGAGCCCCCCCCUGACAGACCGGGGGGUCUUGGAGCUUCCAAUAACAUUAGCAGUACUCCCUCCCAUCAGCCAGGGAACGCCGUUGCACCUCUCCCUUCAGGCCCAGGCCCAGGCCCCGGGGGUGGAGGUCGUGGAGGGGAGGGGAAAGGGGUGCUCCCUCACCCCAGCGCGGGGGUGUCUCCGUCGGGUAGCCCCUCGGUGCUCUCAGCCCACCUGCAGGUCGACGUGGGGGCGAGGGGCGGGGGUGGUGGUUCUGGGGGUAACGGGGGAGACGGGGGAGACGGGGGACUGUCUAAAGAACAGCUGGAACACAGAGAACGAUCUCUACAGACCCUCAGGGACAUCGAGAGGCUUCUGCUCCACUCCGGGGCAGCGGGGGGCGCCGGAGAGCCACCAGGCCCCAACAACAACAACAACCCCAACCCCAACAAUGUAAACAACAUCAACACAGAAGGUAGUGGCGGCGGUCCGCUGGAGGAUGGGGAGAAUAACGGUAAUAAUAAUACCGAUGCUAACAGCAUGUUGCUUCCCCCUAUGGGCAAGAUGAAGAAGUACGAGGAGCCUCUCAGGUCCAUCAUCUCUCAGACGCAGCAGCUGGUUGGGUCAGGGGGGAUGGACGGCUCUCCCAUGGGGGGUCCCCACCACCCCGACCACCACCUCCACUCCCCCGGGGGCCUGGACAUGGGACCCCUCUUGGGUCCUGACGGGCUGACCCCGGAGCAAGUGGCCUGGAGGCAGCUGCAGGAGGAUUAUUACCAGGAGAAGAGAAGGCAGGAAGAGCUUCAGCCUAACCCUCACACGCACCCACAGCACUUCAGAUUAAUGCAGGAGAUGGGCCCCCCGAUUAUGAUGAGGGGUCCCCCUCCGCCGUACCACAGCAAGCCUGGGGAGCAGCAGUGGGGGCCAGGGGGGCCUAUGAUGGGUCCGGGAGGGAUGGGUCCGGGAGGGAUGGGGCCGGGUAACCCUCGGAUUAUAGACAUGCAUCAGGAGGGGCCCCGGGGUCCACGGUUCCUGGGCCAGAUGCAGAGGGCUCCCCCUGGUGGAGGUGGUUUCCCAAACAGUCCUGGAGGAGUGUUAUCCAUUGACGGUCUCAGCCCCCAACGGGCAGCCAGGCCAGGCAUGUGGAUAGAGGACCUGCCCCCUAAUAUGAUGGGUGGUGGCAGGGGGCCGUUCUACCAUGGGGGGCCAGGUGGGGGACCACCCCAACACAUGCAGGGUGACCCUGAGCGUCUACUGACCCGGGAAGAAAUGUUCCGCAUCAUGGAGAAGAGGCAGCUACAGGGGCUCCACCACCUGGAGCUGGAGAGGAUCGUUCAACAACAACAACAACAGGGUAUGGGGGGCCCCAGGAUGAUGGAGGGACCAGGGGGGUUCCCCAGCCAGGGAAUAGGCCGAGGGCCAGGGUCAAGGGGGGACCCCAUGGACUUCCUAGGGUCCAGGGAGAUGAUGGGGUCCCCGGGCGGUGGUGGAGGAGGGGGACCCCAGAUGAGAGAUCUGGUAGACUCCUCUCUCGGCCCCGGGGGGAUGAACAUGAACAUGAACGUAAACAUGAUGAACCAGCAGCAGCAACAGCAGAUGAUGCUGCAGAAGCUGAGAGGAGGAGGAGGAAGAGGAGGAGGAGGAGGGCCACUAGAGGGGCCUCUAAGGGACUUGCUGAGCCAGGAGGACAUCGCUCGGAUCCGGGCCGCCCAGAACGAUGCAGGACGCGGGGGUAAUAAAGUGAUGAUCCAGGGACCUGACGGCCCGCUCCACUUCCCCAACCAGGGGCCCUUCCCUGGGGGACCGGGAGGAGGCGAUGGGGGUUACCUCCAGGGGCCCGGGGCUAACAUGUUUGGGUUGCCUGACCAGCAUGGUGGGGGGCCUCACAUGGGGGGUACGUCUCGCCUCAGCCACAUGCCCAUGGGGGCAGCGGCGGUGGGGGGGGGACCCCGGGGCGCAGACCUCGGCCCUCACCACCCAUCGGACCUGUCCGUCAACGUGAACCCCGGUAUGGUCUCCCCGGCAAUGCCCCUCCCCCCUCACCAGCUCAAAUCUCCAUCCCUCAACCAGGAGCCAUCGCCUCUCAUGAACUCCCCCGCCGCUGGACUUAAGUCCCCCUCUCAGAUAUCGUCCGCUGGGGGUCCUCAGAGCCAGCAACACCCCUUACCUCCUGCCUCUGGGGCCGGGACCCCUUCCUCUUCCUCCAUGAAGUCUCCCCAGGUGAUUGGCCCCUCCUUGGGGCUGCGCUCCCCUUCAGACUCCCCAGGACGUCUGAAGUCUCCAGCCAUGGUGGCAUCUCCAGGCUGGACGUCCUCUCCUAAGACCGCUCUGCCCAGCCCUGGGGGACUUAGCGGUGGGAAGGGGCUGGGGAACGGAGGCAGCAGCUCCACAGAGACCGGACCAUCACUACCCCCCAGGAGUUCUAACUCCACCCCUAUCAGCCAGCCGGGUUCCAUGGCUCCCAGCAUGCCGUUCACCUCGUCGCCAGACAACCCUCCGACUCAGAACCCCCUCUCCCUCAUUAUGUCACAGAUGUCCAAGUAUGCCAUGCCUAGCUCCACCCCACUCUACCACGACGCGAUCAAGACCAUUGCCACCUCCGAUGACGAGAUGAUGCCAGAUCGGCCUCUGAUGUCCGGAGUCAACAUCGGAGGUAACCCAGGGAACCACCAGGGCUCUAUGCUGCUGUCCCAGAGUUCCAUUGGGCCCCACAGCGGCCAGCUGUCCCCCAACCCCAUGGGCCUUAACGGUAUGAAUCCUGCCAUGAUGGGCGCCGGAGGGGGACCCCUGGACAGGAUGGGAUACAGCUUGUCCCCGAUGCACCCCCAAAACCAGAUGGGAGGGUUCCCUCGCAUGCAGCACCCCUCUCACGGAGGCCCUAUGCACUCCCCUCUGGGCGGUAUACCCCCUCAAUUCUCCCAACAGAACCCAGAAGAUGUUAUCCCUCCUCAGCAGCUGCAGCACAUGCUCAGUAAAGGCAUGUCCCACCCCCACCAGCGCGGCCCCCACCCCUCGGACUCCUUUUUGGGCCCCGACGGCCCCGACCUGAGUGACGUCAUUCGACCGAGCCACUCUGGCAUCCCGGAGUUCGACCUGUCUCGUAUCAUCCCAUCCGACAAGCCCUCCUCCACCCUGCAGUAUUUCCCCAAGGCAGAGGGCAUGUCCGGGGGGAACCACCCUAAUCCUCACCAAGGCCAGCCAGGCACCCAGGGCCCUGGCCCUCUUCCUCCACAGCUCCUGAAACAGCUCUCUGCUCCUGGUCCUCACAGCAAUGCCCCUUCCUCCAACCCUCACAUUGCUAACCUGCAGAACAUGAUGGCAGAGCAACAGCUGCCUCGCCACCCUUCCCAUUGCGGGAUGGGUAGACAUGUUAUGGCGGGGAUGCCCCAGGGGGGAUCCAGGGGCAUGGGGGGUCCGGGUGGUCACAUGAUGCACCCUGGACACCUGAUGGGGAGGACAGGUAUGGGGCCAGGUCCCACACAGCAACAGCUUCAACAGCAGGCCAUGAUGGCUAACAGUCUCCUCCACGGCGGUCACCCUGGCCCCCAGCCUCACCCAUCCAUGAUGUCCUCCCAACAACACAGCCUAAUGGCCCAGCAGAACCUCAUGCUGAUGCAGGCUAAGCAGAGAAGUAUGGGUCUCCCUGGGGACCCAUUCGGUCAGCAAGGGGGACCCCUCAUGUCCCCUCAGGGCCCCAUGAUGGGACCGGGCCCUCCACAGCCCCAGGGUGGGAUGAUGGGCCCCGGCAUUGGCCCCGGCUCCCAGGGGCCACUCAGACAGAGAGGUAUGUCCCUGGACAGUCCCCUAGGCUACGGCCCUGGACCAGGGAGUAUGGCGAACAUGCCCUUCUGAUCCAACAGCCUCCUGCUUACAAUGUCUGUGGUCAAAAUGGCCCCCUAUUCACUACAACCUUCUUUUCACAUAGGAUGUUUUUCCAUCGUCUCAUAUGUUUUCAUCAAUGUUAAUACUGUUAUUAUUGCUUCAAAUUGUUAAACAAAUAAAUGAUAUCAAUUGAUAAUCUUCAUAUUGUUUGGAGUACAAACUGAUAAAAAAAAAUAUAUAUAAUAAUAAUAUUGAAGAGCUGUCAUGACAACGGUUUAAUAAAGAUAUCUGAAGCCAUUUUCUAAAAUAUCUAUAAAAUAUGGAUAUAUUUCA